GGACGAUCCAGACAAGUUCUCUCAGUUCAUUCAAGAUUUAUUCAGUUCAGACCAGAUGCAGGACGGUCGCUGAAUCGCCGCAUGAAAACAAAACACAGAUGUCAACGAUAUUUAAGCGCUGCUGAACUUCCUCAAGCCCUGGAGCUAUGAACGCGGAAGAUAUUUGCCAACGCACGCACUCAACGUGAGGAGGCGCGAUGAACGCAAAGGACCGAGAGCGGCGCCGGACGCGCAACGCUGGCAAACGAGCCGAAAGCGCGAGUGUCCUGCGCUCGCUCAGCGUCGACAACAUAGACGAGGAGAAUGAGACAAUGGCAGGCGAGCUGGACGUGGGCAAACAUGGCAGCCUGGAGAGGCGGAUCAUUGCGCCGCGGUACAGCUUGCUCCGUGAAGUUGGCAGGGGCAGCUAUGGCGUUGUGUACGAAGCCAUUGCUCGUAAAUCAGGUGCUAAAGUGGCUGUGAAAAAGCUGCGCUGUGACGCGCCCGAGAAUGUGGAGCUGGCGCUGGCCGAGUUUUGGGCUCUGACCAGCCUGGAAAAGCGCCACGAGAACGUGGUCCAGCUGGAGGAGUGUGUGCUCCAAAAGAACGGGAUGGCCCAGAAAAUGAACCAUGGCAAUAAGCGUUCAAAGCAGUAUUUGAGGCUGGUGGAGACCUCGCUGAAAGGUGAGCGAGUGCUGUCGUGUCCUGAUGAGCCCUGCUACCUGUGGUUUGUCAUGGAGUUUUGUGAAGGAGGAGAUCUGAAUCAGUUCAUCCUGUCCCGCAGGCCUGAUCCCCACACCAAUGCCAGCUUCAUGAUGCAGCUGAGCAGCGCUGUGGCGUUCCUUCACCAAAACAACAUUGUUCAUAGAGACCUCAAACCAGAUAACAUCCUCAUCUCGGAGAGUUCUGGAGCGCCUGUGUUGAAGGUGGCAGAUUUCGGACUGAGCAAAGUGUGUGCUGGUCUGAGUGCUGGAGUGCGGGAUGCAGAAGAGGGACUUGACAAAAACAAGAACGGUGUUGUUAACAUCAAUAAGUUCUGGCUCUCGUCGGCAUGUGGAUCAGACUUUUACAUGGCACCAGAGGUUUGGGAAGGACAUUACACAGCCAAAGCGGACAUUUUUGCUCUGGGCAUUAUCAUCUGGGCCAUGAUCGAGAGAAUCACAUUCAUUGAUGCCGAGUCCAAACGGGAACUACUUGGGACGUAUGUGCGGCAGGGGUCUGACAUUGUCCCAGUUGGGGAGGCGCUUCUGGAGAACCCAAAGAUGGUGUUGAGUAUUCCCCAGCGCAGGCGCUCGCACAUGUCCGAGGCACUCCGAAAACUUUUGAAGGACAUGCUGGCUGUCAAUCCUCAGGACCGACCAGACGCUCUGGAGCUGCACAACAGGAUGGGACAAGUCACUUGCGCGGCAUGAACUUUGACCUCUGACCUAAACGCAUUGCACACACAGGUUUACCUGUUCCACGAGAGACCAGAAGGGACUGCAUUGCUUGGAAAGCUGUGAAUCUUCCAUUGCUGAUUUAAUGUGAAGAGUACAAAGUACUCAACUUGGACACCAAUACAAAGUUUGCCACAAAUAGAUUUUUUUGUUUAGAGUAGUGAUUUAAACAAAUCAUUCAUCAAGCCCAGAAGUGUUCAGCCAAACUCAAUCACUGGUUACAUCACUAAGAGUGAAGUAAUGCUAAAAAAAUGUUGAGAUACAUUAAGUACAAUCAAGCCAAAACUUGCAAGCUUUUUAUUAGUCUUAGCAAGGGACGGGGACUUUAAUAUUCCUUUAGCAGAGCUUCCCUAGUUGCUCAUCUUCUCAAAACAAUCCUUUAAAAAUAAUAAAGUAUUUCAUUCGUUUUAUUUUAUCAUUUAAGUUUUCUAAGCAGUGAAGCCUUCAAUAUAAUUACACAGUACUAAGACACUCACAAAAUACUUGACUACAUUUUAGUGCCCAAGCAUAUAAAGAAAUGCCAUUACCAUAUUCUCAUAGUCUUAUUCUUGGGUCCAACCUAUUGGUCCUCCAAUGGGUUUUGUGACUAGUUCGUCUAACACCACGUGAAUCAAAGGCAAACUUUUAUAUCUUGAUUUUAUUUUCUACUAACAUACUCAUGAUCUUAAGCCCAGUAUUGAGAUUUUAUUUUCUCCUUGAAUGCAGAUCGACCCUGGUGCCUUGAAGUCUAGUGAUAGUUUUGUUUUGCAGCUUUAUCUUUUAAAUAUGCAGUGCAUUUUCAGAGCUUUUAAAGCUUUAACACUUUACAUAUUAGGUGUGUGCAGUUUAACCUUUUAGGUAUGGAGCCAGAUCAGUCUCAGAAAUCAUACAUUAACAAAAUAUAAUUCCUAUAUCCACAACACAAUUCAUAUUUAAAAUAACACAAUUCAAAUAUACACAUCCAAUUCGUAAAUUCGAAAACAAUUCAUAAAUACAUAAAUCCAAUUCAUAAAUUCAAAAAAUGAUUACAAAAUACACAAGUCCAAUUCAUAAAUUCAAAACACGAUUCAAAAACACACAAAUCUAAUUCGUAAAUUCAAAAACAAUUCAAAAACACACAAAUCCAAUUUGUAAAUUCAAAACACGAUUCAAAAACACACAAAUCCAAUUCGUAAAUUCAAAACACAAUUCAAAAACACACAAAUCCAAUUCGUAAAUUCAAAAACAAUUAAAAAAUACACACAUCCAAUUUGUAAAUUCAAAAACAAUUCAAAAACACACAAAUCCAUUUCGUAAGUUCGAAAACGACACAACUACACAUUCAGUUCAUAAAUUUAAAAACGAAUAAAAAAUACAUGAAUCCAAUUCGUAAAAUAAAAAACUAAUCAAAAAUAGACAAAUACAAUUCGUAAAUUAAACACUAUUCAAAAAUACACAUCUAAUUCAGAAAAACAAUUCAAAAAUUAUCAAAUCCAAUUUGUCAAUUCAAAAAACGUUUAAAAAAUACACAAAUCCAAUUCGAAAAUGACACAAAAAUACACAUCCAAUUCAUAAAUUUAAAAAACGAAUCAAAAAUACAUAAAUCAAAUUCGUAAAUUCAAAAAAAUAAAAAAAUAAAAAUAAAAAAAACACAAAUCUAAUUCGUAAAUUCAAAAAACUAUUCAAAAAUACACAUCCAAUUCGUAAAUAAAAAAAAGAUUUAAAAACAGACAAAUCUAAUUCGUUAAUAAUAAUAAAAAAAAUUUAAAAACGGUUAAAAAAACACAAAUCCAAUUAGUAAAUUCAAAACAUGAUUCAUAAAUACAGAAAUCCAAUUCAUUUGGUGAAAAUUUUUCUGAUUUUUACUUGCGAAUUCAUGAACCGUUUGUUGUAUUUAUGAAUUAUGUUUUGAAUUCACGAGUUGGAUUUUGUUAAUGUGAAUUGUGCCGUGCAAGUAUAAAUUUUAUUUUGUAACUGUAUUAUUUAUGAGACCGAUCUGGCUCUAUAUGUAGGUGCCAGUUUCUACAUUGUGUGAGGUUCUUUCUUGCCCAAAAAGAUCGAAUGAUUCAGCUGCCCUUUUUACAAUGUCACGAUCACACUGCACACACACACACACACACACACACACCUACAAUUUUAAUGGUUUAGUAGUUUUUGAACUUAGAUAUGGAUUCAGUUUUCACUUAGAGCAGAUAAAGAUGGUGUUUUUUUAGAAUAAUAAUAAAUAAAUUUCAUUACAUUUCUACUAAUGCUUUUCCUGUUGAAUUUUGGCUCUAUAACCAUUGUUUGCUCGAUAGUUAUUCUUUUUAUUUUGUCAUCUGAUUACUUGAAUGGGUUAAUCUUGUUCUCAAAACACAAUGGGAGCUCUAGUGAGUUCCUUCAUCUGAAUCCUAAACACUUCAUAGACAAGGCAAGAGAUUGGUGUGUGUGUGCGCGCAAGAGUGUGUGUUUGGCUGUAUCCAGGUGUGUUUUUGCCCGACAGUUUGUGUGUGCUAUAGUUCUACCUCAGCACUCUUGUGUUUUAGUAACUAAUUCACUAAAUUGACUAGCAGUGCUUUCAGUUGUUUCUGGAGAGACCAGUAGUUAACGGUUUUCAGAUUUAUUUAUUUAUACAGUAUGUGUUUUGUCAUUUUUGAUUAAUAAAUCUAUAGUACUUUUUAAAAAUUCCCUUUUUGAUUUCUGACUGCUUUCUGCUGUAGAAGAAACGUUAUGCUUGUGAGAUCACAAGGUAUUAAGGUAUUUCGAGUUGAGAUAUUCUGGACCAUAUGGUGGUUCUUCACAUGGGAACAAAAAUGUUCUGUUACUUUUUAUAGGUUUGAUUGUUUUUAUUCUGUCAGGAAAUGCUUUUUGUUUUCAAUGCAUUAUUUAGGUUCGUUUUAAACUCACAUUUCUUUUCCCGCACAGCAUUGUAAAUGAUUGUAUGUUUCAUGAGGGUCAGUUAAUUUUGGAGCGAGUUGAAGUCAAUGUUUUUUAUCUUUCAAUAACGGCUCUUUUCAGUUCGAAUGUUUUAGAAAGUGUAAACAUUGAGAUGUUUGUCAUAGCAGUCAAGCGAACCGGAGUAUUAGACUGCAUUGCACUGAGGAGAGCAAAAGGAAUAUAAAAGAAACUCAUUUCCUGUUGUAUCAUCUCUUUUUCAUGCUUUUUAUGCUUUUCUUUGUAUUCCUCGUGGUCCAGUUUUGCCUGUAAACGCACUCGUCUAUGCAACCUCUCCUUCUACACUGUGUGAUGCUGCUCUGCUGAACUAGCCUCUAGCCUCUUAAGACCUUGACAUUUUUGCUUUUUUGUGCUUAUGACUUUUCGUGGACUUUUUUUGUGUGAAAGUUAACACUUUCCUUUGUGUUAAGCACACUAGAGCUCUUGGAAGCUUCACUCAUUUUUUUGGGUGUCAUAUUUUAUUGUGUUUUGUUCAAUAAACCCUGUAAAAGCGUAA